ACAACUUUGCUCAUAAAGGAUAACACACAGGAGGGUUAUUUCUUUACAUAUUGUAUGUGGCAGCUCUGAAUGCUCAAUAAAAGGUAAAUGAGCUUCUUUUCUUGUUUUUAAAAAUACUGAUAUGACAAGAGAACAGAGUGUGACAACACAGGCUUCACUGACCAAGAAGACACAAAAUUGUUGAUUAUGAAAUCAGCACAAUCAGGGAUUGUUCUGCAUCAGUGGCUAUGUUUUGCACUUGCAUAUCAGUGCAUCCAUGUGUCUCUGGAUUAUGAUGUGUAAAUCUUUCUCACUUGGACAUGAAAAUUAUUUUGAAGCAUCAAAUGAUGGAUAAGUCAGUCCGUAACACAUCCAAUGGAAAACCUACCAUUCCACCAAAACCAAACCUUAAUGUUUCACACCAGUCAAGCCACUUUGGUUCCUCUAGCAGAGUGGCUCAUGCUUUGCGUAACUUUGGAGAAGGAACGGGCAAGCAAACGGCAGUAAACUACAACAGUAAAGUGAGAAGAUGCUCUAAAAAUAUGAGCCAAGAUGGAAGGUCUGUGGUAGUUGGAACUAGAUUAUCAUGUCCACCCAGGGCAAAGGACCAAACAGAGGAUAUAUCUUCAUUUUCAAGACUUGGGAAAAGUGGACAGAUGCUGGGGGAAAGAAAUCUUCAACUGGCAGUAGAUGAUGUGGAUGUAGGUCGAUCAGCUCCUGAUGGCAGCGAGUUGAAUAAUGUGAGUGGCACCAUAGAGAAUCAUCAGGGCUCAACUGCGCCACCUACCCACUCAGAAGAGAAACACUGUCAUUGCCUCUGCCAUCUUCAAAGGCCUGGUAUGAAACUAGUCUGGGUGCCUUUACAUGAGGAGAAAAAUGACAUGGAUACUGCAAUUGAAAAGAAUCACAAACAUCGAAACAGAGGUCAGAGAAAUCAGGAUGUUUUACACCUAACCAGCAAUGAAGUCAGUUGGCCACCGAACAGCCCAUCUCCCAAUUCAAAACCCCAAGCGUUGCCUCCAUGUAUAAAUUGCCAAAGCUUUCUGCUUCACCACAGCCCUCACAAAUUAGCAGGAAAUGGAUUUGCAUAUGCUAAUGAGUCAUUUCAAAGCCAUUCAAAACCCCCUUUACCACCAAGGACUUAUCAGUCAUCUGAGUAUCAAAAUACCCAACAGUAUGCACAGCUGGAGCAUGCCGAUGCUCAUAUAUAUUUGGAUAUUUUGCCAUCAAAUGACAAUAAAGUUACCCCUCCAGCUGUCCCCCCUCGACCUCCUCCACGCCUUCCUCUACAUCCUCGGUCACACCAAAAGACAAAGAAACGGUCUUCCCACCCAGCGCUAGCAUGUGUAGUCUCUCUUCGAGGCGGCGGUCCACCAAUCAGAAACACCAGCAGCAGUGGGAAUGGAAAAUCGUCUCGCCCCAUAUCUAUGCCAAAUCCAUCAGCCCCAGUCCUGACCCUACCCUAUAAUGUUGAUCCAGGAACAUGUCCUACUUACCAAAAUCAUUGUGGGCAUCAAGGUAAGAGCUAUGAAAAUGGAGAUUUUGAAGACUGGGAAUCUAUUGACACGGAAGCGCUGUGUGACAAAACAGGAAGCCCACGGAGAAUCUCCAGUGACUGGGAGCCAAACAGUGACUAUGAACCUCUAUAUCAGAUCUACCAGGCAAAGGUCUUGAAAGAAUCCAGUCAGAUCCAGUCUGAUAGUCCUGAUUGCAACAGGAGUGUUAGCGAAACCCUGGGUCUUGAGGGUCCCGGAGGGCUUGGGGUGGUUGGCACCCGAUUCAAGAGAGGCCCUGAAGAGAUUACACUCUGGCAGGAUUUACCAGUGGUGAAGGAAAGUGGAGUGUUACAUAAACUCACUCGCACUGAAAAACAGAGACAAGAGAGCAUGUUUGAGGUGCUCACCUCUGAGGCCUCCUACCUGCGCUCCCUGCGUGUUCUGAAGGAUCAUUUCCUGGGGUCACGGGAACUCCGUGAGACUCUGGUCAUUCAUGAUAGGAGGGCUCUCUUCUCCAACCUUUUGCAGGUCUAUGAGGUCAGCGAGAGGUUUAUAGGGGAUCUGCUGAAGCGAGUAGAUGAGAGUGUGGUGAUAUCUGACGUGUGUGACAUCAUUUAUGAGCACUCAGAGAACCAUUUCUCAGUCUUUAUUGAUUACGUCCGAAAUCAGCAGUACCAAGAGAAAACCUACAGCAGACUGAUGGAGAGUAACAGAGAUUUUUCUCUUGUGAUGAGGCGGCUAGAGUCAUCUCCACUCUGUAAACGUCUGCCCUUCACAUCCUUUAUGCUUCUGCCUUUCCAACGAAUCACCCGCAUCAAAAUCCUUAUACAGAAUAUACAAAAGCGGACUGCAAAGGGCACUAAAGAGGAGGAAACAGCUUCCAAGGCCCUGGCUUCAGUCUCCAAGCUAAUCACGCAGGCAAACACACAGGUGGGGCAGAUGAAACAGAUGGAGGAGCUCAUUCAGAUCUCUAACAAGCUGGAGUUUGACAAGCUCAAGGCAAUUCCAAUUGUUUCCAAAACACGCUGUCUAGAAAAACAGGGAGAACUACAAGAGCUAUGUAAAAGAGGGUCUCUCUUCAGCAUCCGCAACAAAUGUACCCCUGUGUACAUGCUUCUCUUCAAUGACCUUCUCAUUCUCACCACAAAGAAAAGUGGCAGUCCAGACCGCUUUGUAGUGAUCGAUCAUGCGCAUCGGUCUCUGGUUCAGGUACAGGCCACAGAAAACAAUCUUGGGCCACACUUGGAUCACUGUUUCUGUUUGACCCUCCUGGAAAACCAUCGGGGGAACACCCGUGAACACUUGCUCAAGGCUAAUACAGAGUCAGACAUGCAUAGGUGGAUGGCUGCUUUUCCAUCGAUUAAAGCAGCCCUCGGAGAGGAGAAGAUUUAUGAGGACUGGGACUGUCCUCAAGUGCAGUGCGCCAGUCAAUAUGUAGCAAAACAGGCAGAUGAGCUAAGCUUGGAGCCAUCUGAUGUCAUCAAUGUGCUGCGCAAAACCAGUGAAGGUUGGUAUGAAGGCAUGCGUCUCUCUGAUGGAAAGAAGGGCUGGUUUCCAGCAGAGAAUACAUCAGAAGUAACCACUGAUCACCAGAGACGGCGGAACGUGAGGGAGAAGUACCAAAUCGCACAAGCAACAAGUCAAAACACUCCAAGUUGACUCCUA